CGACAACACUCCUCCACCACUAUUUUUGCCCUCGCCCUCUGCGGCGACCACGCUCAUCCACCCCCCCUCUUACGCCAGUCACCGCGCAAGUUGCCGUCAAACCCACGUCCUAGCCUGCCUCGCCUUUCGGGCCUUGUCAACAUGACGGCGCCCUCGGUCACCCUUAAUCGGUAGCUUGCCCCUCGGACAUCACCUCGACGUCGACGCCUCGGCCUCCCCCCAACCGUCGCCAUGGGUCAAGGUUUCUCCCUCGCGACGCCGUCAGCCGGAUCGGCCGGCAUAGAUAUUGCGCAGCUACAGGACGUGCAGUACGAGCGGAGCAUCGGUAACGCGCGUUUCAUGAAGAGCAUUCGUGGCCGUCACGAGAACGGUGUUGUGCUCGUGAAGGUCCUCGUCAAGCCCUACGCGGAGGUCAAGCUCGACGAAUACAAAAAGCUGCUCAUACGUGAGCUGCCGCCCAUCUUCCUCCAUCGUGGCUCGAAACGCCCGACUGACAUGCCGUAGAACAGCGCAAGGCUUUGGCUACCGUCCCCAACGCUCUAGGGUUUCAGAGGAUCAUCGAGACGGAGACGAACGGAUACCUCGUCCGCCAAUUUCAGUACAGCUCAUUGUACGAUAGGCUGAGCACCCGACCCUUCCUCGAAGACAUAGAGAAGAAAUGGUUGGCGUUUCAGCUGCUCUGCGCCCUGCGCGACUGCCACGCCCGCGACAUCUUCCAUGGCGACAUCAAGGCCCAAAACGUGCUCGUCACGUCCUGGAACUGGUUGUAUCUGACCGACUUCUCCGCUCCAUAUAAGCCGGUGCUGUUGCCCGACGACAAUCCCGGCGACUUCUCCUACUUCUUCGACACGUCCGGCCGCAGAACCUGCUACAUCGCCCCCGAACGCUUCUAUGCUGCUGGCGAUGUGCCACCUCGCAAGGCUAAGAUGACGUGGGCCAUGGACAUCUUCAGCGCCGGCUGUGUCAUCGCACAAAUGUUUCUCGAGUCGGAAAUAUUCAGCCUCGCCCAGCUGUACAAGUAUCGCCGGGGUGAAUACGACCCUGUCAUUACCCACCUGAGCGUCAUCUCAGACAAGGACGUCCGCGACUUGAUAGCUCACAUGAUACAACUUGACCCGGAGAAGCGCUACUCCGCCGACCAGUACUUGGAGUUUUGGAAAGGCAAGGUUUUUCCUACGUACUUCUACAGCUUCUUGCACCAGUACAUGGAGUUGAUCACCGACCCGUCGUCUGGCAAUAACCCCAUGUCCGGGUCGCAGAAGAACAUGGGCGAGUCUGAUGACCGCAUAGACCGUGUCUACUAUGAUUUCGACAAAAUCUCUUACUUUCUUGGGUAUCAGCCCGAGAAGCGACUAUCUGGUGCUAUGCCGGCGUCGUCACGCCUAGGCCUGGGCCACUUCCCCGUUCGUCUGAGCAUACCAAAUCACGAGCACUCGGUUUCCGCGGAUUUGGAGCCGCCAGAAGACGACGGAACGCUGAUAUUUCUGACACUCAUCGUGUCUUCGAUGAGGACGACUGCGCGCGCCUCUUCGCGCGUGCGGGCGUGUGACGUCCUUCUGGCUUUCGCCGAGAGACUCACUGACGAGGCCAAGCUGGACAGGGUCUUACCUUAUCUCAUGACACUUUUGCGCAAAGAGGAGACGGACAUUGUCAUCGUGUCCGCGAUUCGUACUAUUACGCAGCUUCUCCAGCUUGUGCGCGCGCCGACGCCCAUCAACUCUCGUGUCCUGGUUGAGUACGUCUUGCCGCGCAUGGAAAUUGCGCUGGGCUCGCGACAACGGAUCGCUAGCCCUUUGGUCAGAGCGACAUAUGCCUCAUGUUUGGGCAGCUUAGCGUCGACAGGGCAGCGCUUCUUGGAAAUCGCGUCCAGCCUUAGGGCCGACGGCUCGAUGCCAAUGACGGACCCCGAGGUCGAACCAGGGGCCGAGGCCGAGACCAACUUUGAGAGCGUCUUCGAUAGUGCUGGUAGAGAACUUUUCGACAUUCUAGAGGGCCAUACGAAGCAACUGGUGGAAGACCCCAACGUGGACGUUCGCCGCGCGUUCCUGGCAUCCGUCCCAGAGCUCUGCAUGUUCUUCCAGGAGCACUCGAAUGACAUACUCCUUACUCACCUCAACACUUACCUCAAUGACCGCGACUGGACAUUAAAGUGCGCUUACUUCGACACCAUUGUCGGCAUCGCGGCGUUCAUUGGCAGCACGAGCCUAGAGGAGUUUAUGCUUCCCCUCAUGGUUCAAGCGCUGGCCGACUCGGAAGAGUUCGUGGUGCAGGCAGCGUUGCACUCGCUGGCGCAGCUCGCGGGGCUGGGCCUGCUAUCGAAGCCCAAGAUAUGGGAGCUGGUUGAUCUUAUCGGCAGAUUCACUAUGCAUCCCAACAUAUGGGUCCGCGAAUCGGCGGCAGAGUUCCUGGCCAUGUCGGCAAGAUUUCUAGCGCUCGCGGAUGUUCGUUGCAUACUGAUGCCUCUGGUGAAGCCAUAUCUCAAAGUUGACAUGUUGCCCGAAUUCGGUGAGCUCCAUGUGUUGGAUGCUCUCAAGAAACCCAUCUCUAGGGCCGUCUUUGAGCAGGCCAUCACCUGGGCCACCCAAGCCGAUCGAGGUGUAUUUUGGAAGCCGCUGCAGAAGCUCCGGUCGCUGACCCUCGCCUCUUCAUUGACCGUAGCUGGUCGAUCGUCAAAGGACCUUAGCGCAACGUCACUGAGCAAGAUUGCCCGGAACGAGGAGGAUGAACAAUGGCUUGAUAAACUGAGGAAUCUAGGUCUCAAGCAGGAAGACGAGCUAAAGCUCCUGGCUCUCCGAGAGUUUAUCUGGCGCCUGAGCAAACAAAAGGUACGGGAUUCAUCAUCGGGAGAGCCAGCAAGCUCGAAUGGUUUCGUUUCGUUGAAGAGCCUCGGCGUGACGCCGCAAACCGUCUUCUUCAAUGACGCGCCUCUGCGAGAUCCGUCGGUCGAACCGGACCUGGACUCUCCAUCAGGACCCUACACUAUUGCGGACGCGCUACUUGACGCUUCCAUGACGAUCGACGAGACUCUUAGCAAGAGGAGGAGGACUGCGCUGAACAAGCAAAUGGGUCGAGUGCAAAGUGUCGGCCCUCGGCCAACGCCGGCCUCGCGGCGCCUCUUGUCGCCUGACGGCAGCGAACGGGCCAGCUCGCUGCAUUCCGGGAGGGGCUCAUCAAUUGGCCGUGGCGUGGGCAAUGAUGAACCGUCUCUCCAGGACGGUUCCUAUUCCUCUAGGAGAGCGAUACGGCAUCAAGCGAGUGCCUUGAGUCUUCUAGAUCGCAAAGAUGGGAGCAAGACUGUUGCAGAAACAGGAACUAGCGAUACCAAUGCGUUUGGGGAAGUUGAAGGCCCCUUUGUACAAAACCCAUCUGCGCCGUCGGGCCCUUCGCGGGGAGAGGAAGAGAGACGAGCGCCGCCCAAGUCAACGAGGCACACGUAUGAAGGCACCGACCCGAACAUUCAACGCAUGCUGGACAGGAUGUAUGUCGACAACUUCCCCCGCGAUGUCUUGGACUUCGGACCAAUGGUGCAGCCUAUUACUAGUGGCAAGAACCGGGUCGUCAACAUGCAGCCAACAGAGGCUCAAUGGAGGCCAGGAGGUCACCUUGUGGCAACUUUUGGAGAGCACAAAGGCCCGGUAAACCGAGUCGCUGCAUCUCCCGACCAUGUCUUCUUCGUCACAGGCGGAAGCGACGGCACGGUCAAGGUCUGGGACACGGCAAGGCUCGAGCGCAACAUAACUCACCGUUCCAGGCAGACACACAAGCACGCCGACGAGGCCCGAGUGCUGGCCCUCUGCUUCGUGGAGGACUCGCACUGCUUUGUGAGCUGUGCCAGCGACGGGAGUAUACACGUGGUCAAGGUAGACACAGUCACCGCCAGCGGCGUCAUUAGGUACGGCAAGCUUCGCGUCGUGCGCGAGUACUUGUUGCCGGAAGGCGAGUUUGCAGUAUGGUGCGAGCACUUUAGGCAAGAAACCUCGUCCGUCCUCGUUGUCGCCACGAACCGAUCCAGGAUCCUGGGCAUCGACCUUAGGACGAUGGCUGUCCUGUACGAGCUGGAGAAUCCGGUCCACCACGGGACCCCGACCUGUUUUUGCAUUGAUAGGAAACGCAACUGGCUCUGCCUGGGCACAUCACACGGCGUCGUCGAUCUGUGGGAUCUUCGGUUCAAGAUGAGGCUCAAAGGAUGGGGUGUUCCGGGCAAAAGCUCCAUCUACCGCAUGUACAUCCAUCCGACCAAGGGACGCGGCAAAUGGGUGUGCAUAGCUGGCGGUACCGGACAAGGAGAGGUGACGGUGUGGGAUCUGGAGAAGACGACCUGCCGAGAAAUCUACCGGACCAGCGGGGCCAAAGACGGCCCAAAGGGCUACAGCGCGUGGGACGUGGACGAGGAUAAGCCCGAGGGCAUGCUGGGCAGGUUCGCCACGAACCUGGAGAACAGCGACGUGGCCAACGUGGAUCGCGGGGUGAGGGCGAUGGUGAUAGGCACUGGAUCGGUCGAGGAUUCCCGCGAGGUGCGUCACGCCUACAUCGUGACGGGAGGCUCAGACAAGAAGCUGCGGUUCUGGGACAUGAGCCGCAUCGAGAACUCAAGCGUCUACAGCGGCCUGCAGCCCGAGGAGGCGCAACCCACCUACACAGCUACCACCCCCUCGACGGGCGUGAUGCUCAACACGGAAAAGGCUCCGCGUCAUGCCGGGCAGGGAGCCAGCGGAGGCAACGGAACGGCAGGCAAGGGGAGGAGCGCAGGUGGUGGGCGCCCGCCGCGGUCGACGGUGAUUUCGAUGCAGCAGCAGCAGCUCCUGCAGUCGCACCUGGACGCGGUUUUGGACAUGGCGGUGUUGGAGUAUCCGUAUACGAUGAGCGUGUCGACGGACCGGUCGGGUGCGGUCUUUGUCUUUCAGUAGGCCUGGGAGGCUGUGGAGUCCGACACGGAAGAUGGGAAUGAGUCCGAUGGGGAGCUUGUGAGCGGCAGCAUGACGGAAUCGCAGAUGCUGGAGCAGUGAUGAGCGUGCUGGCCGGCUGUUAGACUUGGAGUUUGGAGUAAUACCCGCAGCGUAGAUGAGCUUCCCUUGGCUCGUUCGUUCGACUAUGACAGCUGAGCUGUUGCUCGCUGAACAAGGCGCUGUGCCACAAUUGAACUCGGCAUCAUGGCCA